AACAGCCAUUGAACACCAACAAGGUCAGCGAACAAAUAGCCUGACAACAGAAAAGAAAAGUCACUGUCAAAGUGAAAGAAGAAGAAGAAGAAGAAGGUUUCCAGCAGCAGACUGUGCCUGGAACCAAGAUUCCUGAACUCUCUCGCGCUUUGUUUAACAGUUUAAGGCUGAAAGGUCUUUUCUUUUCCAUGGUUUCGACACUGUGCCGGAUUUUCUAAAGACCCCUGAUCUCCAUGCAGCUACCAGUCAGGAGCUGAGAGGAGAGAGAGAGAGAGACGCUGACGAACUAAAGCUCCUGAGCAUUCAGCCGUCUGUUACCCACAGACAUGAGCCUGGAAUACAAGAAAACCCUCGUCCUCCUCUGUGUUUUCAUGGUCUGCAUCACAUCGACGGUGGUGGGUUCAGAGGAGAAACAGGAGGAGGCGGCGGAAGAAGAAGACGGCAACGACUGUGCCGACUUCAACAGCACGUCAUGGCGUCAGUACAGAGAGCAGGGAGACAGACAGCAGGUCCAGUAUCUGCUGCUGACCAGGAGGAACAUGGACUGCGCACAGACGUUCAACCAGAAGUCUCUCGACACGCAGCUCUCCUACUUCAACACCUCCCACCCGACAAAAGUCAUCAUCCACGGGUUCAGGGCCUUGGGCAGUAAACCGUCCUGGGUGAAGGAGUUGGCCCAGGCUCUGCUCAGGGUGCAGGAUGUGAACGUGUUGGUGGUGGACUGGGUCCACGGCGCCUCCUUCGCCUACAACCUGGUGGUGGAGAAGUACAAGGAGGUGGCACUGCAGAUCUCUGUGCUCAUCAACCAGCUGCAGAAACACGGAUGUAAGCUGGAGUCCUUCCACUUCAUUGGCGUCAGUCUCGGGGCUCACGUCGCCGGUUUUGUCGGGACUCUCUUUGAGGGGAAGAUCGGACGAAUCACGGGUCUCGACCCUGCUGGACCCAUGUUUAAAAGAGCCAACACCUUUGACCGACUGGACCCGUCUGACGCUCAGUUUGUCGACGCCAUUCACACGGACUCCGACUAUUUUGGCAUCUCCAUCCCUGUGGGUCAUGUGGAUUUCUUCCUGAAUGGAGGGAAGGACCAGGUGGGAUGUACUCGCUCCAGGUUUUCCACCAUUCUCGUCUACAUUCCAGUGUAUGGCUAUGUGAUAUGUGACCACAUGAGGGCGCUGCAUGUCUACAUGAGCGCUCUGAGCGGCUCGUGCCCUCUGAAGGGAAUCCCUUGCUCCAGCUAUGAGGACUUCAAGAGGGGACAGUGUGUGGACUGUGGCGUCUUCAAGGGGACAUGUCCAACUAUAGGUUUAUCAGAGAACAGUGGGUUGACCACGUCUCCACUCCCCAAAGAGCAGAAGCUUUUCCUGCUCACGACGUCUUCACCACCUUUCUGUGCUCAUCACAUCCUGCUGCAGCUGGAGGUUUCUCCUCUGGAUAGAAGUGCGGAGGUGGAGGUGACACUGAGGACAGAGAGCCAGUGGACGGAGAAGACGUUCAGGCUUCAGACGUCUACGACGUCGUACACGGCGGUGUUGGCUCACCCGGUGCCUCUGUGUCAGAUCGCCUCCAUAGAGCUGAAGAACACAGGCUCUCGCUUCUACAGACAAGGAGACAUCCACUUCAAGUCUGUGUGUCUGUCUGAGUUCCCCUCACUCAGGCGAGAAGAUCCGCUGUGUGUGAACAACAUCAAUGUCAGACGUGGAUCUCUGUGGUCACAUGACUUUGUGCAGGUCUGUGGCUUCUUCUGAAGAAAUAUUCAACUAUAUCCAACCACCGAUGAAGUUGUUCUGUUUCACAUGUUCACCACCGUGUUGUAUUUUAUGUAUGAAAUGAGAGUGAAAUAAUAAGAAGAAAGUGAUUUACAUUUUUGUGUUUAGGUCAAAUUUGUCUCUUUUAAGCUUUUUUCCCACAUAAUAUGUGUUGGUUUUUUUGUGUGAGACCAGACUGUGUUGUAUGUGUUCAGAGAUCCAAGCAAUAAAGUGAGAAAUAAGUGAUGUCUCCACGGA